AGGGAGCUCUGCCCUCCUGGAACAGUCCUUGAGACUCGCACAGCGGUGUCUCUCCCCAGACUUGCGCAUUCCUCGAUCCAGGCCCAGGUUUGGUCCGUCCAAGACGCUCCAGGCAUUCCAUCUAUGGUUGCGUGGAACGCCUCAGCCGCAGCAAAAUCUAGACAUCCAGAUCGACCACCUAUUCAGGAGUGGAGCAAAGGUUCUUGCAAGAUAUGAUGCGAAGUAGGAUGAGCCAUGGCCACCUCCCGUUCACGCAUGGAGACCCUGAACCCCUUUGAAUGUAACUCGUACUCGUCCCGCAGAGCUUAGGUCGUGGCGAUCAUCGACUGAGAGUUCUCUGGGCGGUACCCCCCAUCACAGGGAGUCCACUUCUGCUUGGCUUGGAAGUCAAGCCCGACAAGCCUGGCAAGAGGUGGCUCCUCAGUUCCUCGUGCCUGGCUAUGAGCAUCUGCGG